AUGCUUGCGAUCUGUGUUGAUAAAGCCGGUGAGGAAGAUGCGCCACUGGAGCUUGGGGCGAGGACGAGUGAAGAGCUUACGGUGGUAAAUAAAGACGUGCCGGAGGAGCUUACGCUUGAGCCUAGCGAGCUUGUUGUGCUAGAUGUCAAGUUGGCCGACGAAGUCGUAUUGACGAACCCUGGCGGUGGCGAUGGUAUUUCGACAGGAACAGCAGUAGUCAUUGUGGCAGAUGCAGAGCUCAAAGGCACCGUAGAGGUCCGGGUCAAGGUCACAGUCGUGGAGGACGAGCUUGCCCCUGCUACUGACGUCGAAGAUGUCAUAGGAGAGGACGACAGGCUGUUAGAGAUCGUUAGAGUCAACGUCGGAGAGGUCGCUGUUGAUACAACCAGGGAUGAGGUGACCACGGAAGGAACAGCAGGGCGACUCGGUGCUGCAUCUGAACUUGUGGAGGGCAGAGUAGUAGCGAAAGACGAUGCCAGUAGCGAGCCUGAAACAGGAGAGCUCCUGGAAGUUUCCAGCACCGAGGUAGUGGAUGUGAAUUGUGUAGAUUCGGUGCCGCUCGUUGCGCCUGAAGAAGGUACAACAGGAGCAGAUGUUGGAAUUCCAGGUGGUCCAGACCCAACCGAAGAUGGACUCGAAGGGCGGCCAGAAGACACCGGCACAUUGCCAGAGAUUACAUACGAAGGUAGAAUUGGGGCACCUCCUGAAGAAAAUCCCGGAAGUGGACUUGUCAUGCUAGCGGACGACACGGGUGGAGAUGUCGAUGCCGUCGCAGAACCUGUAGUCGGGACACUCGGCUGCACACUCGUUGGCAGUGAUGGAGAUGUUAUAGGUGUCGACGCUAGUGGAGUGCUUCCCGAUUCGCCUGGCAAGCCUGAGCUUUGCAGCGUGUUCGUGACGGCACCCGUAGGAGAAAUGCCUGAUGAUCGACCUGAGGUUUGCGUAUCCGGCGUAGCUCCUCUGGAAAUAGAUGAUGGCCUACCAUUUGUACGUUGA